UCGCCUUUUCCCUUUGAUUGUUUCAACGUUAUGUCUUUCUAAUGACCUACAUAACUCCACCCGUUUUGGGCCGGCUAAAUAAACUAAGGCACAUCCUGUGGUCUUGUCCUUGAGUAGGUACGUAAGAUAUUAAUGAUAUCUCCUUCAAAAGGAAAGAAAUCUUUCUUUAGAAAAAAGAGGAAGAAGAACCUUAACUUCCAAAGUACAACCCUAGCUACUCUCCGUUAUGUGCCUCUCAUGGCUUCCUCCGCCAUCUUCUUCUCUUUCUUCCUCGGCCUCUCUCUACAUGUCUCUGCCGAUAAACCCAGCGAUAUAUGUCCGGUAAGAGUUUGUCACCCUCACGGUCCUGAGAUUCGCUUCCCUUUCCGAGUAAGAGACUUCCAUCCCGAGCGAUGCGGCUAUCCUGGCUUCGACCUCUCGUGCAACAUCCGAGGCCAAGCGAUUCUCCAGUUGCCCAACUUGCAGUACUUCGUCGUUGACCUCAUUAACUACGAGCAGCAGUACGUGGUGCUCAAGGAACCGAGCAGCUGCCUGGCGAAGCGGCUUCAGAACUUGACGCUUUCGAGCUCGCCCUUCCUAGCGGAAGAGUACGGGAGCUACACGUUUGCAAGUUGCAUCGAAGAUCUAUCGUUGGAGCCUGGGAUCGAACGGGUGGACUGCCUCAGCGAUCAACGAAACAACGUGCUGUACAGUAGUACCGGCAAUUUCUAUGCUUCUUGGUACUUCUCGGUGUUCAAAUGUCAGAAUUGGACCGUGUCAGUUCCGGUGUCGUCGCAAUAUCCAACGAAUAUUACCGAGAGGGUUGUCCUGAGGUGGGAUCUAUGGGAUUGUGGAGGGUGCGAGAAAAGUGGCGGGAGGUGCGGGCUCAAGAUAGCCGCAGGCUCCGAUGUUGGAUGCUUCGGUAGACAUGGUGCGUGCCUAGAUUCGCUGCUUCCGCCCGAGAUUUAUGUUAUUAACCCCCUCGAGAGAGACUCGAAGCGCCCCCAAUGGCGUCGCUGGCAAUUACCUAGGCCCAAUGAUAAUACCUGCGCGAUUUGCCUGUCAGAGUACCAGCCCAAGGAGACACUCCGGACCAUCCCUGCAUGUGGACACUACUUCCACGCCCAGUGCAUCGACCGGUGGCUCAGACGAAAUGCUUCUUGUCCGUUGUGCCGCGGUCACAAGGGGGAAGUUCUAUCGUCGGAGCCCGGGAUCGAACAGGUCAACUGCCUCAGUGAUCAACGAAACAACAUGCUGUUCAGCAGUACAGGGAACUUCUACGCUUUUCGUGGGAUCAACCCGGAUCAUCGAGUCUCUGAGAAAAGUGGUGGGAGGUGCGGGCUCAAGGGAUCCGCAGGCUCCGAUGUUGGAUGCUUUGGUAGCCAUGGUUGGCCCUUCUACACGUUUUGCUUCCAUCUUACCGUGCAGUCUAACUCGAAUUUGUAUCUUGACGACGGUACUACCAAGAAGUUCACGAGUGCAAAGAUUUCGCUUCCUCACUUUUGA